CGUCUGAGGGAGCUGAGUUGGAGGAUCAUGGCGGAGCGCAGGAAGCACAAGAAGCGGAUCCAGGAGGUCAGCGAACCCACCAAGGAGGAGAAGGCGGUGGCCAAGUACAUCCGGUUCAACUGCCCGACCAAGUCCACCACCAUGGUGGGCCACCGAGUCGACUACUUCAUUGCCUCCAAGGCGGUGGACAGUCUGAUGGACUCCAAGUGGGCCAAGGCCAAGAAGGGAGAGGAGGCGCUGUUCACCACCAGGGAGUCCGUGUUGGAUUAUUGCAACAGACUCUUAAAGAAGCAGUUCUUCCACCGGGCUCUCAAAGUGGUGAAGAAAAAACCAGAGAAAGACACCAAGAAGGAGAAGGAGAAGGAGAAGGAGAAGGAGAAAGAGAAGACCAAGGGUGACAGUGGCAAAGAGGAGGAGAAAAAGGGGAAGAAGGACAAAGAAAAGAAGAAGGAGCCGGAAGCUGUUGAAACCAAGAAAGAGAAAAGUGAUGACAGUCCUGGAACCCCGAAGAAGAAGAAAGAGGCGAAGAAGAAGUUUAAACUGGAGCCUCAUGACGAUCAGCUGUUCCUGGAUGGAAACGAGGUGUACGUGUGGAUUUACGAUCCUGUUCGUUUCAAGACAUUUGCCAUGGGACUGAUACUCGUGAUUGCCGUGAUAGCAGCCACUCUGUUCCCGCUGUGGCCAGCAGAAAUGCGUGUCGGAGUUUACUACCUAAGUGUGGCGGCAGGCUGCUUCGUGGCCAGUAUAUUACUUCUUGCUGUUGCCCGUUGCAUCCUCUUCCUGCUCAUCUGGCUGGUGACCGGCGGGCGCCACCACUUCUGGUUCCUCCCCAACUUGACGGCAGACGUCGGUUUCAUCGACUCGUUCCGGCCGCUCUACACUCACGACUACAAAGGGCCGCGGUCCAGCAACAAAAAGGGCCCGGACAAGACGGACGAGAAGGACGCCGAAGACAACAAGGCUCAGAAGUCAGACAGCGACGAGAAGUCGGACAGCGAGAAGAAGGACGGCGACGAGGAGGAAGAGGAGGAGGAGGAGGAAGAGGAGGAGAGCAAAGAGGCCACGGGGAGUAAAGAAGCAGAGGGGGAGGCAACGGGGGCGGAGCGCCAUUCAGACACAGACAGCGACCGCCGGGAGGAAGAAGGCUCGCAGCACAGCAACGGAAACGACUUUGAGAUGAUCACCAGGGAGGAGCUGGAGCAGCACACAGAGGAGGAGACGCAGGGGGGGGAGGGGGGAGGAGAGGAGGCGCAGGGGGAGGAGGGGGGAGGAGAGGAGGCGCAGGAGAGGAAAGAAGGGGGUGAGAGUGAGGCUAAACCCCAGACUGCUGAAACAUAACCGUCUUCCCAUCUCAUCACUCUUCUGUUUCUCUGUCCUUUCCUCCUCCUGUGAUUCCAGGACCUGCUGAGGAGAGGCUCCGCCUCCUCUUCUUGAGAUCUUCCAAUAACAAAUACCAAUAGACCAGCACCGGGAUGGACAUAACGGGUCAAAGUAAGCGGCGACAACAAUGGGGGUAAAAUGAAAAUCUAAAAGAAGCCUUCUGGUGGCUCUGAUUCACCCAAAUGUUAUUUACGUUCAAAUGAAAACUGCCACCGAAACGUUCGCCUGGCAACAGGCUCUCUUUGUCUUUUUUCCCCUUUCUUCUUUCAAGUCCAGUUUCUAUUUGUGUAAUUUCAACUCUCAAUAUCGUAUAUUUAUGUUCCCUUUCUUUGUUUACAUAUUACAUCUGGAUGGAAAGCCAUCAUGCUAAAGCGACCAGUAAGAGGAGCCGAGCCGGUUCCUUUAGGCCCCGUCCGUCCGUUUCUCUUCCCAUCGACGUCGUUGAGCUCCGUGUUGUCGGUACGAUCAGGUCAGCCCCCCCCCCCCCCCCCCCCCCGCGGUGUUUUGGUGACACAACAUGGCAGCAGGAGCUUCACAUCCUGUCUGAUGGCGUUUUCAAGCAAACUGAGCGGCGUUGAACCCCCAACCGAGCCAGAUGGACCAAAUCCCGUAGUUCAAAUGAAGCGUGUUGCGGCGGGAUGGAGUAUUACGAGAGCAGAGUCGUGCGGCUCCUUGAGGUACUUGACAUUUUCUUUUCUUUUUAAAUGGCUUAUAAUCAUAGCUCGGUCCUCGACAGUCUGAAGUAGUUCAUGUUUGAUAAUGUGGGACUCGUCUCUGAGAGUCAAGGGGAGCAACUGGGACACAGCUGGCAGACUUCAUUUUCUUUUUUACAAAAAGAUCACCGCAUUUGUUGUACAACUAAAGGUAGAAGAUGUUAAGUUCACUCAUUGCAAACAGAACCAGAUCUAAAGUCUCUAAUGCCAAACACGACUAAUAAUGACGUAAUGCAUGCAGAUUUAUGAUGGAGAGUUGAGUGUAAAGGGGAGGGCUAUGCUUUUCUUCAUUUGUUCAUAUUGUAACCGCCGUGUCAAAAUCCUCAAACCUUUCGCAUCGUUGAUAAAAAAAAAAUAAAGAUUUAAAAACGGCACAGCACAGGUUGUUGGUGUGUCGCUAAGCAAAGAUUUUUGGUCUCAAUGAAACCGUUUAAAGGUGUUCGCACUCGACUCCCAUCCAAACCAGUCCUGUCUCGUCCCGUGGUGGCACUGGUCCCCUGACCAGACCAGUUUGAUUUCCUGUCAACGGCUGGACUCUCGGCUUUGGUCCAAACUGUUCCUUCACAUUAAUUUCUGAUUAGAAAAGUCUCGGGUGCCCUUUUUAGUCAUUGUGAGGAUUAUAUUUAUGUAUAAAAAAUAGAAAUCUAUCAUAUUAUAUAUGGAUUCUAUUACUAAAUUAUAUAUGUGCGUUGUAUAUAUGUAUGUAUGUGUAUAUAUUUAUACACAUACAUAUAUACAAUUAAUACAGUCUGACACAAUACAACUUUUUUUUCUUUUGUAUUAGGUUUAAUUAUAUUAAGACUUUAUAAUAUGCAUUUUUUUUGUUAUACGAUCACAAAAAGCAAACUUGAUAUUUUUUAUUUUACAUCUGGGGUUAGAAAACAGUGGGAAUUUAUUAGAUUUGUAUUUUUAUUUUUUUCUAUACGUCACUAAAAUGUGUGAUCUGGCUGGUUUGUUGCCACUUCUCUAUGACACAUCUGUAUUUCACAUCUGUAUUUCUCUAACAAAUGGUCCAAAACAAUAACACCGCUGGUUCCCAGUUAACCCGACGUGGCAAAAACUCAAACGUAAGAUAUUCCACGCGGCUUCCUGUGCAGUCAUUUGUUUUGCGUUCCUCUUGGAGUCGUCGGUUCCGUCUCCGCGGAGGUUUUUGCAGCUCUUUGACGUUUCUAACUCGCAGCUUCCAUCCUGUUUAGUUUCUAAUAUCCACAAACGGGCAAAGUGCGUCUCGGUGUCCUGCGGCUGAACUCUUGAUAUGGGCAGAACCACAAAAGAGAAAGAAACAAUGAUUUUUCCCAAUUGUUCUCGGCUGUUGCACAGUAUCGGUCUUUUGUAUAUUGUAGUAUUAUUACUCUACGCUGCUGCUUCUCAUUGCACAUUUCUGGGGGAAAUGAAAAGUGAAAUUGUAAAACAUCAAUGUUUUAAUCUCCAGUCAAAAACUUUCGUUUGAUCUAGUUGUCCACAUUUGGAUCAAUAUCUUUCUGAAAUACUGUCUCAUGCAAUAUUGGAGUAUAAUUUAAUGAAACUGGAUGUCUGGAAAUAUAUCUGUAUCUUAUCAUUGCAAUAAAAAUAUAGAAAGCACACAA